UGUGUUUUUGUUGUUACAGUGAGGCGAUUGGUUUCGUCAAGGACAAUGAAAUGUUUCUACUUCAGCAAAGAAAAGUCUCAGGAUCAUGGAGCUAAGACGAGGAAGUUUGAUUCAAUGCAAACAUCUUCUUCCACUUCGAUGGCAAGAGGAGGAUCAGGAUCUGAGUUUAACUCAGAGACAAGUACUACAACUUCCAUCACUUCCUCCUUACACGUCCUCUCUGAGACACACAGUAACAAUCUCAAAGUCUUUGACCUCGAUGACCUCAAAACCGCCACCAAGAAUUUCAGCCGGUCCUUGAUGAUCGGUGAAGGUGGCUUCGGUGGUGUGUUUCGUGGCGUCAUUCAGAACCCCGAAGAUUCUCGUAAAAAGAUUGAUAUCGCUGUUAAACAACUCAGUAGAAGAGGUCUACAGGCAAGCAACUCUCUCUCCUAUACUUUUCUUUCUUGCUUAAUUACAUCAUUUUGCACAAGAAGUGGCAAUUCGGUUUUCGUUCGGUUUAGAGCAAAUUUGUUCAGAACCAGAACAGAAAACUUUGAUAAAAAUCCGUUUGACUCGGUUUAUCCAGUUUGUUCGGUUCGGUUGGGGCAUAAAGAAUGGGUGACAGAGGUAAAUGUAUUGGGAGUAGUGGAGCAUCCGAAUCUGGUGAAGCUGAUUGGUUAUUGCGCUGAGGAUGACGAGAGAGGGAUCCAACGGCUACUUGUUUACGAGUACGUACCAAACCGAAGCGUUCAAGACCAUUUGUCCAAUCGUUUUAUAGUCACUCCUCUGCCUUGGUCCACAAGGAUGAAGAUUGCUCAAGACACUGCUCGAGGACUCGCUUAUCUUCAUCAAGGCAUGGAGUUUCAGGUUGUAGGAACCAUUGGUUAUGCAGCGCCGGAGUACAUCCAAACCGGACACCUCACGGCUAAGAGCGACGUGUGGAGCUACGGAAUCUUCCUGUACGAGCUCAUCACAGGGAGGCGGCCGUUCGACAGAAACCGUCCAAGAAACGAGCAGAACAUCUUGGAGUGGAUCAGACCGCACUUGACUGACAUAAAGAAGUUCAAGAUGAUUAUCGACCCAAGGCUUGAAGGAAACUACUACCUCAAAUCAGCCUUGAAGCUAGCGGCGGUUGCGAACCGGUGUCUGAUGGUGAAGGCAAAGUCGAGGCCAACGAUGAGUCAGGUUUCUGAGAUGUUAGAAAGGAUAAUGGAGACAUCUAACGAGGUUUCUCCCGCACUGCCAUUGAUGAAAAGCUUGACGCCUAAAGAUGCGUUUGAGGCGUCAAGGAGAGAAAGAGUUAAGAGAAGAUUUGUUGAACUUUUAAUUGGUGUAAAUGGUUGUCCCAAUUUGCCUACUUGGUCUCCUAAACUUGUCACUUCGAUUUGA